UUUUACACUCAUUCAUUCGCGUAUUUCGUUCGCAGUGAUGGCGGCGUAGCAAUCGCAAGAAUCGGAGAGUGUGUGUUGAAAAGUAUUAGGGAGAUUCCGAGGCUUGAGACACUGUGCGCGAAGAAAAGUGAACCCGAAAGAACGAAGCGGCCAGCGGAAGUGUUAGCGUUCUAGAAGGGGAUCGUUCCGGGGGUUAUUUUCGGCUUCCACCGGAAGCAUUUUGUGUGGACUCCUCCGAGGUGGAGAAAAGCUAGAAAGAAAAUUUUUCUCUGGGCAGACUUGUCUAGUUUUUAGGGGACUACGCACACACAUUUACAAGUGCGGGCAGCAGGAGGAAGAGGAGGAGAGAAAAGAAGACUACGAAGAAAAGCGGGGCUGCUGCAAUUUUUGUUGUACCCCCCCAUUUUUUGCGUUUUUCACUUUGAUUUCUACGCUCGGCUCGGUUUCUUUUUCUGAUAAGGACUAGUGGACCCAGAAGUUGGUCUGCUAGUGGCUUCGAUCGUGGUAUCAGGGAAAGGUGUCCUCUUCCCAAGGGGCCCUCUCCUGUGCCGUAAGGAGAAAAGAGAACCGAAGCAGCAGCAGGAAAAGAAACGGGAACCUUUCAGUGUGUGUGCAUUAAAUGGUAAUGCAUGCCAGGAAACCGCAGCGUUUACUAAAUGAUGGGUACCACCAAUCCCAUCAAUAUCAGAACUCUAAGUACGCCUCCAAAAGGGACUACGAACGAGAGGCUAGCCGAUCAGGUGGCUAUGGACGCGAUCGGGAUAAUUCUCCGGCUGGAAGUUCGCUAAACAAUGGCAACUACAAGUCAAUCUCACCAGACAUGGACUCACCGCGGGAUCGUGAUCGCGACAGGAACCGCGAUCACGAUCGGGACAGAGACCGUGAUCGGGGCGGUGAUCGGUAUCUGUACGGAAUGAGCAAACUGCGAGACAAGGACCGAGAUCGAGAUUAUAAAAAGGACAAAUAUUCCGAUUCUCUACGAUCACCUAAAGAAAAACGAAGUCGCAGCGAUCGGGACACGGACCAUCGGUCGAAUCACGACCGGCGGUUAAAGCUUUCCGUGUCGGAGAAACGCGGUGGAUCAAGUUCAAAUUCUGACGAUCGCGAGCGUGAUCGGGAACGGGAACGUAGUGAGCGCGAGCGAGAGCGGGAACGUGAUCGCGACCGGUUACGAGACCGCGAUCGGGAUCGUGGCGGAGGUGGAGGCGGCGGCGGAGGAGGUGGUGGUGGAGGUAGCGGAAGUGGCGGGAGUGGCGGAGGUGGAAGCGGUGGAGGUGUAGGUGGCGAUCGGGUAAACCGCGUUGGUGACUGGAGUGAACAUGUCAGUUCAUCUGGCAAAAAGUAUUACUACAAUUGUAAAACGGAGGUGUCACAGUGGGAGAAACCACGAGAAUGGAUGGACAAGGAAAGUUACGGUUUCGACAGGAUCAUGCCCAAGGACCAGCACCGAGAGUAUCGAGACAAAGAACGCGAUCGCGAGCGGGAUCGAAAUGAUCGGGAUCGUGAGGAUCGGUAUUCGUCCUCUGCCGGCAGCCGGUCCACAUCGUAUGGCAAGCAUUCCAGCAGUAAAAGCAGUAAUUCGAGGAUACGGUGGCCGCAACAUGAGUCGCACAGGAGGAGGCAUGAUGAAAACCAAGACAUGGACAUAAGCCCCGGCGAUUCAACGCCAACCUCGGAGGCCAAUUAUUCUCACUCUAGCACUCCGACCAAUCAGCAGGGGCACAGUAAUAACGCGGCCAACAACGAGGGUAGCACAGCCGGGACGGGACUGAUGGCAAAUCAGUUGCCUCGAUUACUGUCGAACCCGAUGGCGACACAGAGUGGCAUUGCGAUGCCACCCCAUUCGCAAUCACAAUCCUCAUCGAGCUACCCGGCAUCGGUGUCCACGUCGUCUCCUUCCGUACUGCAACAACAGCAACAGCAACCUCACAUGGUUGUCGGGUCCAGUGGCGACCUGAUGCUAAGCUCGAAUACUCCCGGUCCACCAGGUUCGCAACAGCACCACCACCAUCUACAACAGCAACAGCAACAGUGUCAACAGCAGCAGCAAUCGCAGCAGCAACAACAGCAGCAGCAGUUAGGCCAGUCACCACAUUCGUCCGCGAAUGCAACCGCUGCCAGCACGAAUGUGUCCUCUUCGUCGUCGUUAGCCGGUUUGCCGAAAAUACUUUCACAAAUCACCGGCAACAAGACGAUAGAACACAACGAACUAAACCCCCAGAAGGCGCUGCAAACCAUCAACAAUGCACUGAUGAUGCAAUCGAGGCAACAGCAGAACCCGAACGGUUCCGUGUCCGGAGCUACGCUGGUGGACGGCAACGCCGCGGCGAACAGUUUAAGGGAACACGCGUUGAACUCGCCGCUGUACAAUGUUUCCAACUUGUCGCACCCCUCGACGCCGAUGUCGUCCGGUGGCUGUGGCCUCCUGAACCACAGCAAUCACCAAUCCAACAAUCUGAACUCGUCCACUUCGGGGGCAAACCUGAGCGGUGGCAGCAAUAGCAGCCAACUGCUCAGUGGGGAUGGUCCGCCCACGCCCACCCAAGAAAUGGACCUGGUGUUACCGGACCAUCGGAAGAUGGAAGGUACGAGCACGACCACGACAAGUGCCGUGAGCAGUCUGCAGGGAGUGAUGACCUCGUCCCAAAGUGGCCGAUCUCAAGGACCGAAUCUGACGCCCAGUUUAGCGAAGUACUUCCGUGCCGAUUUGAUAUCCCAUGUGACGGGAUGGCCGUCGGAAAUACUGGAAAAGACGGUUCAGAAAAUGUCGGAGGAGGCCCACAUUCUCGGUGAUCUACAGUGCAGCAAAGUAUCGGCAGAUUUAAAAUGUGCUAGGAGUGUAGUUAGAAUAACGGAAAUCACGGCGACCCUGCAAGAACAGAAAAUUAUGUAUCUACGACAACAAAUUCGUAGACUAGAAGAGCUAAAAUCGGAAAACUCUUUUAUGUCUGAUGAUCUAUAGCGCUAUUAAAUACAAAGUUAAAUUUAUAUAAAAAAUACAGAAAGCCCUACAAAAAAAAUGACUAAAACUAGAAAUCAUCCUUUCUUUUUAAAGGAGGAAAAUUACACUAGCUAACUGGGAUGCAUGUUAUACACUGCAAUAUAAAACCGAUCGAUACAAAGUUUAAAACAUCAACAAAUACAGAAACAAAUUUAAACACAAAACAAAAGAAAAGUCAAAGUCAAGCUAAACCACACAUCAAUGUAUAAAGCUAGAGGAAAAUUUUUAGAAACAAUCCUGCUCUGAAAUCCACGGAGUCGACAGAAUGCGAGGAGACGUUGAAAGCUGAAUCAUGGAAACACACAAACACUAACGCAAAACACACAUACACACCUACAUCAUAGCCCCUUCCGCAUACUCUCAGACACACUCUCAUUGAUAAUUGCGCAGAGAUUCACUCGAACACUUACAACAUAGCCGUUGGUAAUUUCUAGGAUGACUGAACAUAGGAAGCAAAUCGUACGAAUCAUCAAAGGAUAUGAUUUUAAACUGUUAUUAUUAUUAUAUUUAUAUGAAAGAUAAUGAAGAAUAAAGUUUUUGUUCUUUAUCCGUUUCAAAAAUGCAACUAAUCAGAUAAAAAUGCAUCAGAACUUGUUUAAUGUUUUCUAAAAAUGUUGUAAUGGAAAAAUAUUGUGCAUCCGAGUAAACAAAAAAAUACAAAUCAUUCAUUCAGUAGCGUAGAGUGAUUGAAAGGCAAAAAUCAUAAUAAUAAUCAGCCCCGCAUCUCCCUGUCUUUACAACAUAAAACAAAACAAAAGAACUGCAUUCAUGCCGGGAAGAGGACGUCGGCAAUAUCUCUACUACACUCUACUAGGGCCUCACGGAUGACGAUGAUGAAUGUUGGAAAGUCGCCCUUCCGCGAACUGUUUAGGUAAAAAAAGGAGAAAUAAAAAAUACGAUGAAGAAUACAUACAACAAACUGAAGGAAACUGAUUCACAUUAGAAGCACUUUCUAGAGAAAACAAGUAAAAAUACAAAAAAUGCUAAAAAGUAGUCUAAAUAUUCAUGUAUAUUUCAUUAAACUAUAAGUUAUGAUAAGAACAAAAAAGUAAAAGCGUAAAAUCAAUUAAAUAAAAAACGUUGACAAAUGAAACAAGAGAAAAAAAAGAACAUCAGAACAAAACGUGUAUGAAGGCAGAUGAACACAUCCGUUUUUAAGCAGCGCUUGACGUGCGUUCAAUCCGUCGUCGUUGGAGCAGAUGCAAUUUUUUUCUUUCUACGAAUAAACUUAUUGAGGAAGCUCUUGCAUGCAGAAUAAUUCAAACAAACACACAAAACAGAACUAAACCAACCAACCUAUCGGGAAUUCAAAGUACAUACAAAGUAAUCUAACUUAACGGAAUGUACUAAAAACCAUAAAAUAAAAGAAAUUUACAACUCGAAACGGAAAGUGGACUGAUGAGAUACCGACUGACGGACCGGACAUACACCAGACGAACGGACAGGAAGCAGCAAAAUUUUACAUCUGGAUCCAUCUCUUUGAUAUAACCACAAGAAAACAUGGAAACAUAAGUCAUAGGGAAAAAAUAGUAAAGUUUAGUAAUAUGAAAUAAUACAACAAAGUAUAUUUAAAUCAAA